AUGGACACCCCCGGGCGCGCAGCUUUCCUGUGCACCAGCACCGCUGCUUUCCACCCGCCCGACUGGGCGUGUAUGCCUGUUGAGUCCAACUCCCAUGCGAGACUAGAGGCCUUUCGCGACAGUCGCCACUGUGCCACGUACAUGGUGGCCACACAGCGCGUGAAUCUCUUCGGUCGUGAUCAGGAAAGUUGCGACCACGUGCUCGGUAACCCCUCGGUCUCAAGAAAGCACGCAGCGGUCAUCCACGAUAACGAGGGCGGUAUUUACAUGGUGGACCUUAUGUCUCGACACGGGACGUACGUGGGUCGCAAGAAGAUCCCUCCACACGAUCCCUAUCUUCUGCACGAGGGAGAUGUCAUCAGAUUCGGACAAAGUGUACGCGUUUACAUCCUGAAGGGCGCCAGCAAGAAAGGUAGCAGCAGACCUGUGAAAAAGUCUUGGGGACGCAAACUACGUGUCCCACACGUCAGUAUCAGCGCUGUGGUCCCCAAAAGAAGCCCAAGUAAACCAAAAGCUUCAUCUGCGGUGACCAAACUGGUGAAUGCGGUUUGUUAUGGCACUCUGAAGGAUGAGAAGAUAGUGACGUUUAUUACGGGCGUACUGGAGCUUGGGGACGAAGACAGACAGGGGGUUGCAGAUACACUGGUGGAGAGGCUUCAAGCCAAAUACGAGUUCUACGCAACUCAUGUUCACCGCAAUGCAUUUGUCGCUACCAUGGCAUUAUUGAAGCAGAACUUGUGUGUGGAGGAAUUUGAAGAGAACCUGGAUGUGUUUACUCAUAUUUCUCAGCAGCGUAACGACAACAUAUAUCGAGCCGAUGCUAGGAAGCUCUUACAAGCAAUUGCUGCUGUCCGACUGGAUCCAGAUAACCCGCAGUUUGCUGAUCCAGACACUUCCGAAGAGGACGUUGGUUCUGCCUGCCCGCCUACUGCUAACAACAGAGAAGGCCGAGAACGAUCUAUCAGUGAUGAAGGGAAGAAACUCUUCCUAGCAGGCCAUGGAGUGCCAUUCCCUGGCCGAACUGAAUCGGUUGGAACAAUUAGCGAAUCGGGUAUGAAUCACAGGGAGACGAUCGGCCACAAUGAUCCACGUUACCAGACGUCUCAUUAUCCAUCCAGUAAUGAAUAUGAUGACCACGAUGGAGAAUCCGAUUCAAGAUCGACAGAUAAUGGCUAUGCGCCUCCCGUCGGCCUGGUGAUAGGCAAUGGCGCGAAGCAGCCUCCUAUGAAGAGUACCAAGGGAUCAGGCUUCAACUUUAUUGGACAACCAGCACCAGAAGCGGCGAAACCCAAUGGAUCUGCAUUCGGAUUUAUUGGCGGCGCCGAUCCCGUGGAUGAUUCUUCCUCUCGUACAAGCUCCACGGAUCGACCUUCCGGCCAGUCCGUCACUGGGUCCGUUCUGAAGGUGUCUGCUGUUACUGCUGAGGACUUUUUGGUGGAGCAUCCAUCGGUGCAUGGCAGUGACUUCGAGGAUAUGUGGGAGUCAGCGAACGACGAAUCAGAGGAAUGGUCAGUGGAUCUCGGCUCCGUAGAUGCUCACGAGUUGGACCCGCGCGAUCUCCAGGUGUUCCUGCAGUCAUACCGGUUGAUGUGUGCGUCUAGCAAGAAGGUUGCUGGACAGCAGCAGUGGCUAUUCAUCGCUGAGCAGAAGUCCGAAGGAACUCUGUUCUUGGUGGAUGUCACAGUUAUGCCAGGAUUAACCGACAUGUCCGUGACGCUGAAGUGGAUUGUCAACUCAAUACUCUACAGAAACGGCCACGUCAUUUUCAUGGAGAUCCUCAAGUACGCACUCCAACAGUUUGCUGAGCAGGCCCAAGUACGUGCUGCACGGGGACCCCAGCCACAUCACCAUGCCCACCAGCAUGAUCCUGCGCAACAGCAGCCCCAAAACGGAAGAGAACCUGAGCCAGUUAAGCCUCAGUCAACCUCCUACACGGCAUCCCACUCAGCUUCUCGGACCGCGUCACACGUAACAUCUCAAGACGACGAGGAAGAUUUCGAUGAUGCUGAUGAAGACACAAUGUCGGCACGUGACUAUCUGACCGAAAAUCCUGCAAUUGAUGCUGGAAAAUUCGAACAGGUUUGGGCGACGGCGACGGAAAUUGCAUCAUUGUCGUACUCGUUGAACGAAAUGCCUGAGGUGGAUGAAGUUAUUGAGCACUUUCGCAGCAACUGCAUGAAUUGUUUGGCGAGCGGAAGCAUGGACAAGCUGGUUAAGUUCUUUUUCUUCGCAGAAAUGACCGAGCUUCAGUGCGUGUUUUGUGUAGAAAUGUCGAUCGGUGUGGACACUGGCGCCUUGGAAGGGACCGUUAAGCGGUUAGCUAUCCAUGAGCGUAGCGAAGAAGAAGAAGAGCAGAUUGACUCGAGUUUUGUUAGUUUCAUUGAAGAAGUUCUCCAAGAGCUUUAA